AUGUCCAAGAGAUACCGCCAGCUGCUCCCUGCUCUCAGCUCAGGCGAUACUGCCUCGAACUCGCAUCCAUCGGGCUCGUCUUCCUCUCGCUCCUCGGGCGACAAACCCCUGAAACGACAGCGGAUUGGAACACAACUAGCAUGUAAUGGAUGUCGCAAAAGAAAAACCCGUUGUGACGGACAGCGGCCUCGUUGUGAAGCCUGCCGACGACGAGGCGAGAACGAUCCGUGUACCUACGACGAUAGCCGCAACCAGAGCCAAUCGACCAGAGAAACGGAGCAAAUCCUCGAACUAUUCGAAGUUAUGAAGUCUGUCCCCGAGAGCCAGGCCAUCGAAAUCCUGCGACUUCUUCGAUGCCACAACGAACCCGAGGACAUCCUGUCCACUUUGCAAGCGACCGGGAGUUCAGAACGCCGUCUAUCAGCACAAGAAUGGCUUCCUAUACCCACAAGGCACUCGGGGUUGGAGUACGAGCUCAUGUUAAGGAAUCCAGUAUCCUUCCCGCCACUGCAGCCCGUCGAGUCCAACAUCUUGAAGACAGUCCUCAACACCAGCCAUCUUGCAAGAGGCGAUGGCGAGGCGAGUCAAUCACCGUCCGUAACUAGCGUCAGCCUCUCGUCCGAUCCCGAAGCCAAACCACUCUACACACAGUUUCCCACGAAAAGCCCCAUACCCGCAUCACACCUUUGUGAUGAGCGACUGGAAGAAUUAGACAUGAGUUUCUGGACUUCAGUCUCGAUUCCAAACGAUCUCGCUGCCAGAAUCGUUUCGUUAUACUUGGAGACGGACCAUCCUCUCCUAGGGACCUUCGACCCUAACCUAUUCAUCGAAGAUCUUGUCAAUUGCCGCUUUAGGCACUGUAGUGGACUACUUGUCAGCGCUCUGAUGUACUGGGGUUGUCAAAUGUAUAGCGCAUCAGAUCCCCAAGUUAAAGAAUAUUUGCCUCGUUUUAGGGAGGAGGCAGAGACGCGCUGGUCAGAUGACAAGGCCACUGAUUCUCUUUCAAAUCUCGCCGGCACGCAGUUGCUGGGAUUGGCCUACUUGGGUGAUGGCAAAGAUCACUACGUCUUGACGUACGUGUCAGAAGUAAACGCCAUGGGUGCACGUAUGGGUCUGUUUGGAGUCAAACCCGACAUGGUGGCGAGCAAGAUUCGAGAAAUAGUUCCUGAACUACAAAACGCAACUUCAUAUGCUGCCUGGGGCACCUUUAAUUGGAUUGUGCAUAUGGCAGUAUUCUAUCAACAACCUGGCCUCGCAUACCCUGAAUAUCCUCCGGUGCUUCCGAUACCCGGGCAUGGGUGGCACCACGGCCCCGAUGACAACACUGAAUCUAUUGGAGGGCCUCUACAAUCAAUGUAUAUGGGCGAUACCUUUCCAGUCCUCUGCCGGUUCUGGCGUAUUAUUCACGAAGUAACAUUACGAUAUUAUCGCGAUCAACCCCAUCCACGUGGGCCCCUGAGCAACCAUGUUAGCCUUGCGUUUGCCGAGUACAAGUAUCGCGAGCUUAUCGCUUGGGCGGAGACUCUGCCACCAUCCAUGCAGCGCUCAGAAAAGAGUCCGCAUCAUGUUCUCACUUUUCACAUCUGGUUCCACGCGGCCAUUCUAGAUGUUUUACGCCCUUUCACGGCUCAAGCGAGGUCUGCCUCAAAACCGUUGAGACUUAAGACCUUCCCCAAUAAGAAGAGCUCACCUGAUGUUGUGUAUAAAGCAUCGGUGAACCAGCUGAAGCGCCUGGUAGUGGUGUAUCGCAAUAACUACGCAACUUCGACGUACACGAUGAUCUGGCACACAGCACUGAUCCACGUCGCAAACGCUAUACUUGACGACACAAAAGACUCUUCCUGGCGCUUCUACCUGCCUUUCUGCAUCCAGUGCUAUGGGAGCCUGCGGCAAUCGUACCGUUUCGCGGAGGCUAUCGGCCGCAGCCUACUUUCCAUGACACUGCAGAAAGGAGAUCUAUCGGCGAGUGAGGCGCGACAGAUGAUGCAGCAAUUUGAGGGGAAUGAGUUAAGUCAACCAUCAGAGGAUAUUCGAGCUACGUUUAUGGCUGACCUCAACCUCGCUAUGACGGAUCCUAAGGAGGCGAGCGUGGAGAGUCUGGCCUAUAGGUUUGAGGAUAUAGCGCUUUUCCGAGAGUUUAUUAAUAACGAGGACACAAGCGAGGAUGAGCCGAUGGAGGAUGAUACUGUAGCCUGGGAAACGCUAUGA